AUGGAUCGACAAAAAGUCCAAGAGAGAAUCCUCAAGUUAGAAGAAGAUUUAGAAGAGCUUCAGCAGACGGUGGAGACCAUCAAUCUGUCUGCUGAGAAAAGCAUCAAAGAAAGUCAGAACGUCUUCAAAGGUUUGAUCCGUCUCUUGGAGCAAAAAUGCUCAGAAGUGGAGCAGAAGGUCAAGUCCUAUCAGAUGGAGGAAGUGAGGAAAGUGGAAGAACUCCAGGAGAAGAUGCAGCAGGAGAUCACCAAACUGAGGAAAACAGAGGCUGAGCUGGACCAGCUCUCAUCUACAGAAGAUCAUCUCCAUUUUCUCAACAACUACUCCUCCCUGUCAGAUCUGAGUGUCUGUACAGACUUAGCCAGCUUUCAACAAGCUCAGCACUGCUUUGAUGAUGCUCUCAAAGCUGUGUCUGAGGACACAGAGAAGCUGGAGGAGACUCUCAGAGAUCAGACCACAAAGAUUUCACACACACUGGAUGUUAUUCUGUAUGAAGACUUCAGAUCCAGAGAGGACUUCAUGAAGUACUAUCAUCAGAUCACACUGGAUCCAAACACAGCAAACACACGUCUAUCUCUGAGUGAACAGAACAGAACAGCAACAUGGACAAAUGUAGAGCAGAAAUAUUCAAAUCAUCCAGACAGGUUUGUUAAAUGGUAUCAGGUUCUGAGUGCAGAAGGUCUGACUGGACGUUGUUACUGGGAGGUGGAGUGGAGCGGGGAGGUUUUUGUGUCAGUUGCAUACAAAGAUAUCAGUCGUACAGGAACCUUUGAUGAAUGUGUGUUUGGAUUUAAUGAUAAAUCCUGGGCAUUGAGGUGUUUACCCACUGAAUAUGAAUUUUCCCACAACAAGAUCAGUGUUUCUAUUUCAGAUCCUCAAUCCUCCAGAGUUGGAGUUUAUUUAAAUCACAGAGCAGGAACUUUGUCUUUCUACAGCGUUUCUGACUCCAUGACUCUCAUACACAAAGUCCAGACCACAUUCACUCAGCCUCUGUAUGCUGGAUUCAAUAUUUGGCCUAGAGGAAUGAUCAGGUUGUUGGAUUAAAGUAAAAAUCAGUCA